CAACUAACCAGAAUGUUAUAUUAAUUAAUGUUAAAGAUUUGGUUAGCUUACAGCUGUAUCUGGCUGUAUCAUGUGCCACAGCAUUACAUUUAUUUUUUAAUUGUUAUAUUAAUUGACUCAUUUCAUUUAAUUGAUAAAUAGAAACGGACGAGCCAUCGAGUUCAGCAAUAAUGGCCGUGUUAUCAUCAGAAGAUGGACCAAAAAUAGUCCGCGCCCCACCCGUGGGACCGGAGGAAGCGAAGGCGGUUCUCGCCGCAUGCGCAGCCACCUACAGCAAAACCGGAGCCGCUUCGCCACCAGAAGCAGCCGUGAAGGCCGUACAAAAAUGCACCUUACCUCUAUAUGCUAAGAUUCUAGCCUGGCAGAUAUCUUUAUCAGCGGAAACUUUUACGGAACAAUCAGAGCCAGAAACCGCCCCAGAACUGGUAAUAUGUGAUGACCUGGAGGGCCAGCUGAUCCAGAUCCUGGUGACGACAGAAGCGGCGCUGGGCGCGGAGAAGGUUAAGACUUGUUUGGCGUUACUCACAGCUUCUAGAAGAGGCUUGGAUGACACGGAAAUAUUGGACAUGUUGGCACACGAAGAACUGUUCAGGAGUGAGGAGACUUAUUGUGAGUGAUUGUAUCAACUCAAUAAACAGAGAGAAUUUCGUACGUUGACCUUUAUGCCUACUUAUAGAUACCAUAAACAUUAUUAGGUUCACUUUACUUUGAUAAAAUUGGCUAGAUGCAUCUGCGCGAGCGCAAUAAAAAUAUGUUUACGCACGAUUGUAAGAGAUAUUUAAUUCCGGGUCAUUAUACGAAAUUAUCUAUGUUCGCCGAUUGGACUAUACGUUCAAGUGUGGAUUUAUGUUUGUAGGUAAGAAGUUGAACCUCUAAUCCCUCAAUACCGAGAUCGCGCGCUAUUUUCUGGUGCCCUUUGUUGUUGGAAUUACAAAGGCCCCGAGAUGGAUUUGCAAGAAUUAGUGGGAUCGUGGUAUGCAGAAAACGAUCCGAAAAUGGCCGGCAGAUUAGUUUCGCAAGAAAACAAAUUUUCCGAUGAAUGUUAUAAUACGAGGAAACUAGACGAGUUACCAUUCCAACACUACCACUUGUAUAAAGAUGAACCAGAGAAGUUCGCGAACCAACCUUACUUCGUAGAGCUGGACUGGAUCCACGAUAAACUAGCCGCCACGGACUGCUGCCAUUUCUUGGAAGACAUAGCUUUAAUACACAUAGACGACUUGCCUGAACACAUAGUAAUAUUGAAGGAAGUAUUCGAAACUCAUUCGUAUGCUCUCGAUUAUGACCAUAGACAAUUCUACGGACUAUUGAGAAUGACCAUGGAGAAAAGACAGAGGGAAGGUGUUGAGGUCAAAAGUACAGUAGUACAAAAUUGGAUGCAGGUCAUCUUUGAUCCUCCCAUUCCUACUUUCUAUCCAAUGAAUGAAGAGUUUUAUAAGAUUAGUGAAGAUAAAGAUAAGAAAGACUUGUCUAUGGUGGAAGGGUUCGAUAGUAAGACUUAUGAUCUGAUUGUCCGUUUCGAUACUAGAGGCAAGUUUGUAGCGACCGUGUCCACGGAGAGAGAAGAGAUAUGCGUUUGGGACGUCACGAGGUGAGUGGUAUUUAGUUGGUGAAUAGGCAAAAUAGAAUUUGAAGCAACAUUUUGAAACUAAUUUUGAUUAUCUGAUUCAAUUAUUGCAAAAACAUUUUUAUGAAUGAAAUAAAUUAAUUAAAAAGAAUGUGGCAAGUCGCAAUGUGCGUAAGGUAGACCUAGUACGCAUUUAGUCACGGUAGAAGUACGGCAAUGCCACCAAACGUAAAAUAUGUCCGAAAAACACAAAAAGUUAUUGUUUAAGUUUGAGAAUUUAAAUUGUGUAAUACCGGUUCCUGGUGUGAGACUGGCGUACCCGCCCUACUUAAUCACAUACUGUUGGAGUAACGUGGAUAUAAUAUUAGAAACUUCUGCUUAUACUCAUCAAUAG